AUGGCAACCACCACCACCGCCGCCGCCGCUGUAGUCGUCGUCUCUUCCCAAGCUGGGCCACUGCACAGGAUGAGCGCAUCGCACCACGCCCACGCCCAGCACUUUCGCAGCGAUAACACCGACGGCUACAGCUCGCCGACGACGAGCAACCCGGACAUCCACACGCCGCGCAUCCACCCGACCAGCUCCAUCACCAGCAGCCUCUUUAACUCGCCCAUCGACCCGCUCAGCGCAGAGACGUCGCCCUCGCUCAACCCUGCCGUCGACGUGGGCCGGAUACCGCACCACCCGCUCCCGCAUCCGCAGCAGAGGCACACCGGUGCUGUUGCUGCCGACCACCCCAUCGCCGUGGCGCAGUCCAAGGCCUCCGCUCCUGCCCCUGCUCCUGCUCCUGCCGUCAGGUCGGCGACAGGGACAGCGACGGCGACCGCUAUACCACUUAACCUGCGCAGAGAUACCAUGACUCCACUGAGGCAACAGCAGCAGCAGCAGCAACCUGCACAGCAGCAACAGCAGCAGCAGCCACCAUUACCGCAGACCGGCCACAACACCGGCCCAGGAGAGAUCCUCGUCAUCAGCGGUGGCAGCGGUUACAAUGACCUCGUCUCGGCGACGCCCGGGGCAACCUAUGUCAUGCCCGUAUCCGACAACGGCGGAUCGUCGUCUGAGAUCAUCCGCGUGCUCGGUGGACCUUCGAUCGGCGACCUUCGAUCCCGCCUCAACCGCCUGAUCCCUAUCCCCUCUCGGCCACACCCGACGCCCUUCCCGUAUCCCGAAGCCUACGUACCGCCCCCGUCCAACGCCGCGCUGCAUGCCCUCCUCUCCUACCGCCUCCCCAGCACCGGCUCGUCGCGCGCCAUCAAGCAAGAGUGGCACGACAUCCUCGAGGGCCGCCACCCGCUCUGGCGCGGCAUCGAGUCGGACCGCAAGGAAGUCAUUCGCGGCUUCCUGGUCCACUUCGAGUCCGAGGUUCUCCGCCGCGCCCAUCGCAACUUCAACUUCCGCGGCGCGUCCAUCGGCAACUUCUUUCUCGCCGCCGCCCAAAAGUUCUUUCGCAGCAUCCAGAGCGCCAUCUUCCUCUUUAGCGCCACGACCCAGAUCGAUGCCGCCCAGUGCGGAAGCAAGGUCGUGCCCGUCAUCAACACCAACCACACUGCCACCAUCGCGGCGCAGCUCGAGGACGGCGAGGUGGUCGUGGGUCAGUGCGAGAUCUCGCAUCCCGCCGUCAAGGCGGCUCCCAGCUCCGCUGCGACGUCGAGGAGGUCGCGCAGGACGGUAGAUGGCGGGGCGACCAAGGCAUCGACGCUGGAGCCGGGCACGCCCUCUUCGGCCAUCUUUGAGCCGUUCGAUCGCAGAGGCCCAGUGGAUCUCCACGACGCCCUCGCCCGGAUCGCGACGACGACAACGCCGUCAGGGAGGAGCCACCUCAGUGAGAGCGUCUCGGCCGCCGACCUCGAGUCCGAGGUCGAACUGGUCGGGCAGGAAGCCGACCGUCCAGAGGACCACCAGCUGGGGACGUCGUACGACUCGAUGUCGGGCAGCCUCGUGCUGCCGCCUUCGUCCUCUUCGACCGCGCCAAUGAGCCGGGAAACGUCCAAGUUCGGCUCGAGCAUGCACACACCGGCCUCGCUGGCGUAUCGACACCGGGGUCGGACGACGGUCGGCAACACGGGAGACGGGCUGGAUCCGGACGACGACGACGACCACAGCGACGGCGAGGGUGCGGGCUACCGCGACGCGUCUCGAGCAACGGGACGCGGAGGCGACGGCACGGAAGAAGAAGACGACGACGACGACGACGGACUGGGCGGAUCGGGCAACAUCGUCUUCAGCAAGGAUGGCGGCAGCGUCGACGGAGGCGAGGCGCAGCUCCUUUCCGCGCCCAUCGAAAGGAUAUUUUACGUCAAUGCCUACCGAAACGAAAUCUACCCCGCCCCGAACCCGACGUUCCUCUCGAGCCUGGAUCAAAGCCGGACCCUGAUCUACUCGUGCGGCUCGCUAUGGACGUCGCUCAUACCCUGUCUGAUCCUCCGCGGAGUCGGGACGCACAUCGCCACCUCGUCGACGUUGCGGUACAAGAUCCUCCUCCUCAACACGAUCCACGACCGCGAAACGCACAACCUAUCCGCUUGCGAUUUCAUCAGUGCGAUUACCGCCUCGCUCAAUCGAAUCGACGUACCCGGCCAGGAAACGAGGUGGAAACCGUCUCAGUUCGUCUCGCACCUCGUCUACUUUCAGGAAGGUCAGAUCCACAUCGACACAAAGGCCCUGCAGCAACAAGGCAUCGCCUGCGUCAAGGUGCAUCCCUCGGCGUGGAUGGACAAUGGCCGACCCAAGUUUGACGAAAAGGCCAUCCGUUACGCCCUCGACGUCAUCACUGCCUCUGGUCAAGACCGCGCCGACGGGACAUAG